AAAUGGCUGCCGCCAGUUUGGCUCUGUUCUGUAGAAGAGUCUCAGCAGUUCUGAAGGCUUCUGUAUCAUUAAAAACUCCCAAGGCCCCCGCUAGCACAGGAUAUUCUCUUAGUUUGUUAUCUAAGAAUACACCAGAUGGCACAUCCUUUCAGCAGUGUAGAUUACUUCAUACUACAUUGUCAAGAAGAGGACUGGAAGAAUUUUUUGAUGACCCAAAGAAUUGGGGGCAAGAAAAAGUGAAAUCCAGAGCUGCAUGGACCUGUCAGCAAUUAAGGAACAAAAGUAAUGAAGAUUUACAUAAACUUUGGUACGUCUUACUAAAAGAAAGAAACAUGCUUCUAACUCUAGAACAGGAGGCCAAGCGGCAAGUAUUACCAAUGCCAAGUCCAGAACGGUUAGAAAAGGUAGUUGAGUCCAUGAAUGCAUUAGAUAAAGUUGUCCAGGAAAGAGAAGAUGCUUUAAGGCUUCUCCAGACUGGUCAAGAAAAAGCUCGACCUGGUGCUUGAAGAAGAGACAUCUUUGGAAGAAUCAUUUGGCACAAGUUCAAGCAGUGGCCUAUACCUUGGUAUCUAAAUAAAAGAUACAACAGGAAACGAUUCUUUGCAAUGCCUUAUGUGGACCAUUUUGUCAGACUGAAAAAUGAGAAACGGGCCUGCAUUAGAGCAAGAAAGAGGUGUCUGGAGAAAAAGAAACAGAAAAUUCUGCAAGAAAAGUUUCCACACCUUGCUGACACCCAGAAGUCAAAGCUUGGAUAAAAAAAGUCUAAAAUAUUAUUUUUGGUU